UCACCACCUUCUUCACAUCUUGUCCCAACCCUUCUUUCUCCUCACAUCUCAAAACUCUCCAAACUAUCACCCCCCAAAUGGCCCAACUUUUCCUCUCCUUCCUAUUUCUACUUCUCUCCAUCUCUUGCUUGGCCAGCCCUGCUAGAUCAACUGACCAUAUAAAUCCUCAGUCUCCAGCUAGGGCUUUCAUCGAGGCAGAGUGUCAGGCAACACACUAUCCCCAACUUUGUAUCCAAUGCCUUUCUAACUAUGCGAACAACGCAACCGUGCAAAGCCCGAAGCAAUUGGCGCAAUUCACCUUGAAAGUAAGCCUAAUUCGGGCUCGGUAUGCACAGGCCUAUGUAAUCAAAGUGGCUGCUCAAAUGAAGGCGGCUAAGGCCCAAGAGUACCAAGCUGUGAAGGAUUGCUUGGAUCAAAUCAGUGAUGGUGUGGGCCAGCUUAGCCAAUCGAUUAAAGAGCUCCAAAAUAUUAAUCAAGAAGGGGAGGCUAAUUUCAUUUGGCACAUGAGCAAUGUUCAAACUUGGCUUAGCACUGCGCUCACCGAUGCCACUACAUGUAUUGAUGGGGUCUCGGGCCGGGCCAUGGGAGGGAGGGUUAAGGCUAUGAUCAAAGCCAAAGUCCUAAAUGUGGCUCAAUUCACUAGCAAUGCCCUGGCCUUGUUUAAUCGAUUCGCUGCAAAACAUCGAGCCGCCGGUGCCACCACCAAACCCUAAGCCCUAGUAUUUUCUAGGGUGAUACAAAAAUUAUAUAUAUGGUUAUUGUAAUUUGUGAAUAUGAAGUUUUGUUUACAUGAAAUAUAUCAUUUAUUGUCAUUUCUAACU